UCUAAAUAAAGCACAUUUGUUUGAUGGGCUCUAUUCAGAAUGACAGGAGUAAAGAAGUGAAAAUGAGUGUGCAAUUCAACAAGCUUAUCUCAAGACUGCAAGACUCGGGCAGUCCUUAUGAAAGAACAGAAAUCAUGCAGGCUGCUGUUUCUCAGUAUAUGUUCACAUGUCAACAACUGGGAGUGAUCUUGAUGCACAUGCGCUACUCGUCAGAACGAGAGGCAGUGGCGGCGAUGAUGGCUCCAAGGAUUGUGGACCCUGAGAACGCACACACUCAACUCCUGCCAUUCAUUGCUUGUGAGAGCUUGAUCGUCAGAGGCAAGAUUUUAAAUUCAAUUGAAAGUGCUUCAUAAUGUUAACAAUUUAUGAUUUGUGUGUGUUUGUGACAUUAAUUUCAACGUUGUUGUUUUUAUAAAUUUAUUUUCACUUACAAUAUAAACGGUAGUCAUUACAUG